AGCAGGCUUUUGAAAAGUGACAAGAACAAAGAACCCCAUUCACUUGAAUAGUGAUAACUCUUGAUUUGAUAUAGGAACUGAUUCGCUUUCUCAGGCUGCUUCUCCUAGGUUCUUUCUCACUUACCUGCCUAGAUCUCGACUACCUCUGGAUCUAUAGAUCUAUCUGUACAGCACAUUCAUAACCACAUCCAUAUCCACAACUACCUAAGAUCAGACACAGUUUCUUCACAUAACUUGUCUGAUAGGUGAUGAGAAUGAGUACAAAGCCUAACCCGCAGGCCGAAGACACCGGAUCUUCAAAGGUUGAGUCUCAAGACCCUGGAUCCUCAAAGGUUGAGUCGCAAGACACCGAAUCCUCCAAGGUUGAGUCGCAAGACACCGGUUCUUCAAAGGUUGAGUCUCAAGACACCGGUUCUUCCAAGGUUGAAUCUCAAGACACCCAAUCUUCACCAGUUGAGUCGCAAGACACCGGUUCUUCACGAGUUGAGUCGCAAGACGUCGAACAGCAAGAUGAAGUGCCAGAUGGUGGAUAUGGAUGGGUCUGCGUCCUUGCAUGCUUCCUCGUCAAUUGUUUCACCUGGGGUGUCGUUGGUUCAUACGGCAUCUACCUCUCCUAUUAUGUCAACAACGACAUUUUUGUCGACGGCACGACUAUAGACUAUGCUCUGAUCGGCAGUCUGAACUUCUCCAUGGCAAUGGUGACAGCUCCCUUUGUAAUGAAGCUCGUCCAUCGGUUCGACAUCCAUAUCCCAAUGCUGGUUGGCAUCGUUUUGCAAACAACUGGCUUGAUCACUGCAUCGUUUGCAAAGCGGAUCUGGCAAUUGUUUCUCACCCAAGGAAUCCUGGUUGGCUUCGGAGUAGGGUGUCUAUAUAUUCCAACGAUGAGUGUUCUCUCUCAAUGGUUCGACAAGCGUCGCAGCUUGGUAUAUGGCGUAUCUUCCGCAGGCUUAGGGAUUGGUGGGCUGAUAUUCUCCCUUGCGGCGAGAGUCAUGAUCAGUAAUCUGAGUCUGGCUUGGUCAAUGAGAGUAAUAGGUGCAGUAUCGGGUACCAUCAACCUGCUCGCAACAUGCUUGAUACGGAGUCGCAACAAGCACGUUCUGCCCAAAAAUCGUGCUUUCGAUAUGAAAUUGUUACGUCGCUACGACGUUUGGUUGCUUCUUUGGUGGGCAUUUAUCUCCAUGCUAGGACACAUUGUCCUGCUAUUCUCUCUUUCAGACUUUGCACACUCUAUUGGACUCAGUGAUGUCCAGGCGGCUUCCGUUACCGCAUUCCUCAAUCUAGGAACAGCUAUAGGGCGACCGUUUGUCGGUCUUAUUAGUGAUCGAUUUGGUCGCAUUGAGACUGCCGGAACACUAACGCUCCUUUGUGGACUAUCCAUAUUUGCGAUUUGGGUGCCAGCGACGUCUUACUGGACCUGUAUACUAUUUACCUUUGUCAAUGGACCAGUAUUUGGUGUCUUUUGGGUGACAGUUGGCCCUGUAGCAGCAGAACUAGUUGGACUCAUAGACCAGCCAUCACUUCUAUCAUUAAAUUGGAUAGCAAUCAUUUUACCAACAACUUUCUCUGAAGUCAUUGGACUAUAUAUAAGGCGCCCAGGUGCUCAGCGGGAAUUUCUCUACCCACAGAUUUAUGCCGGAGCAUCGUACGUUGUGGCAAGCUUGAUAAUGGCAGAAUUACGUCGAGUUCAUCGACGCCGGAAUGGGCCAUCGGUAGACAGAUAG